AUGGAAAAUAAAACAAAAUAGAAAAUGAAAGUUGAAGAAUUAUGGAGAAUAGGUCAAUCUGAAAUAAUAGUAAACUCUUUUGUUUGGAUCAAUAAAAACCUAUUUAAAAAAUAUUGCCAAUCUUAAAAUUAUUAUUAUACAAGAGAUAUCAAUGAAAUCCUCAGAGAUGCUUCAUCAAAGGCAGUUGUACAAUAUAAAGAUUGGAUUGGAUACGAUGAUGAUGUAAGAAUGUAGUUUCAUAUAAGGAUGAAUAUUUGAAGAGGUACUACUAUUAUGAAGAUGAAUAUCCAUAGAAAAUCCAGCUAUUGUCUGAAUACUAUAAAGUAAAAUCAACCAUUUAACAGAGUUUCAUACUGAUAUACCACGAAUCUUUAUGGAACCUAUAAUAUUAUUGUUGAAUAAAUAUUAUGAUAAGAAGCGCAGAUAUGAAUAUUAUAGAAUAGCUCGUUUGAUUGAAGAAGAGAACAAGAAAAAUCCUAAUGGACCACCAAAAUGUAUAAUAGGAGAAGGACCAUCACCUGCAAAUUCUUAAGAGAGUUAUAAAAAUUAAGAAUCUCAGACUUAAGUCAAAAGAAUUCGGAAUACUUAGAUUUUAAAAGAUUUAAGUUGGCUAAAUAAAUCAUUAUCUUAAAUCCAAAAAAAGGGAAUAGAAAAAUCUUGUACCUUAUAGGAAAUUUGUAAAUAAUUGGGAAAGGUUACUUUGGAAUAAUCCUCUCUUUAAAUUUCUUCUGUAAAAGGAGAUGAGAUGUAAUUGGAUAAAUUUUUGUCAUACCUUAAUGUAUAAACUUAAAAAACCUAAAGAGAUAAGGUGUAAUUAAUAUAAAAAUAUUCCAAAAAAUUAAGUUAACCUCAUGAAUAAUUAGUUUAGACAUUUACUCAAAAGUAACAUCAUGAUGUUAGUAAAUAAAGGUUGGGUUCAUAGCAUUUUAUAUAAAAAACAGAACUCAUAUAAUAAAAGAAUAAAAUAUCAAGUGAUAUCAAUAUAAAUUGUAUAAAUAAUUAAGAUAAUACACUAUAAAAAUAGAGUAAUCAUACAAGAUUGGAUUAAAAUGAUUAAAUAAUUAGAUGUAAAUCAAAAACAAUUGUGUAACCUAAAAUAUCAAAUUAAUAAUUUUUAAAAGAGAUCAGAUAAAAUGUUUUAUCAAUUCCUCAACUACUCAAUUAUCAAAAUUAGAAUUCUAUUUUAUCUCCAAUAUAAAGUAAUGCUUAUUUAUAAACAUAUAAAAUCAAUCAAAUAUCUAUAGGUAUUUCUUAUUAUAAAUUCUUAUAUUUAGGUAAGUUGAAUCUCAAACAGAUUUCUAAAAUAUAUAUUGAAGAUGAUCCAAAUUAAUAAGAAUUAAAAUGGAAAAAUGGAGCAUAAACACAUAGACCUAAUUCUGGCACUAAAAACUUCUUCUCUAAUAGGAAUAGUCCAACUGUAUAAAGAGGAACUUAAAAUGAAUAAAAAAAAAAUGUGUUAAAGUAGACUUCAAGUUAAAUUACAGCAACAUAUUCAUAAUUAUAAUAAAAAUAAAGUUAAAAAAAUAUCAAGGCAAUUGAUUCUUCAACUAAUAGAAAAUCAAUAUAACCCAAUAUUCACUUUCGAUAUAGAUCAAAUUAAGAUAAUAAUAAUAUUCACUAAAAUUUAUAAUGUAAUAUACUUUACACAUUAUUAAAGUAAAAUAAGCAUAACACCAAAAGAAUCGAUCUGAUGGAAAACUAUUAAAUUCACCUUUAUUGGAUACUCAACAUUAAUUUUUGUGUUUAACAGAUAGGGCAGGUGACUAUAUAUUUAAAAAUAGUUUAGUGGCAUCAUAUUAAAAUUCACCAAAAACAAAUAUAUAAAAAAGAGUUGGAAAUGGGAUAGGAACUUUUAAAAAUUCAGGAAACCCUAAAAAUUCUUAGAUUAAAUAAAUGCUUCUUACUUAAGUUUAAAAAUAAUAAUAAAGAUAAGAAUGCUUUUCUUUGUAAUUAAGAAAACCUAAUUGA